AGGGACAUUUUUGUAUACACUAAUAUGGCAUACAAGCGUUCAAUAUGGAUGUUUUAAGUACGAGCCCAUCAAUGAGUGACGCACCGCUGAGGGAACUCCCUCCGCUCCGCGCGCCUCUCGCUACUACACGUGCCCAGGCGCAUAUAAAAAGAUACGGCUCGGCCGUCGACUCAUUCAAUCCCAAACACCUCAACGGAUAAGUCGUUUCAUUUGAAUAUUCCCAACCGUCCUCAAUUUCAAAAGUGUUCCAAAUUCAAAACUUGAAACUAGCAGUACUAUCGCUAACGAAAUUGUUUUGAAUUUUUAUUAUUAUCACACAACUAAUAUCAAUCAGCAUGAAGAAUUAUUCGGUCGUCGGAAACAAGAAGAAGGUUACCAUGGAGACAAACGCGACUCAUUUAAAGGUCGUUGGCAAUAAUUGUAUCGUCCGAGUUAACUGUAAUCAAGGUGACAUCGAAGUCAUAGGGAAUGACUGCAGCAUAGAAGUGAGAGACAACUACGGUGCCGUUAACCUCGUCGGAAUGAACGGGAUCGUGACCAUUGUGAAGAGAUGGCAUGGCGAUAAAGUUCAAAUGGUCGGUCCGUGCUGCCACCUGACAGUCGCCGGACGAUCGAAGGCGACGACCUACGAAGCACAGUUAUCGCCUUUCAGCAAGAAUUUGGAUGACGUCAUCGAGUCCCUUUUCACAUUCGUCAUGCGUUGAUAAAUUUUAGUUAAGAAGUUCAAGGCUUUAAUUGUUUUGUGAAGUGCUCUACAUUUGUGCCUCGUGCGGGAGCGAGAUAGACUGACGUGUUUCUUUCGUCCAAAGUGCUAGAGAAUGCGCAGUGGAUUGAUACAUAUAAAAAAGUGAUAUACAAUAAUGAGAAUGAAUAAAAAGUACCUAUUAUCUUUAUUAUUUUCUCGUUUCAUUACAACAGUAUUUCUUUGCUGUCGUCCUACAAUGUCCAAUAAAUUAAGCUCAUCAACGUGUACGUGAUUAUACAGGUAUUAUGUUAUUCCCCGGUACAAAUACAGUAUAAUUAUUCACGUUUUCCGGAUCUGAUCGACGGAAUGUUGAAACUUCCGUAGUUAUCAUUUGAAUAGCAUUGACACGAUAUCCUGUUACUAAUAAACUUAUCACUUCUGUGGCUAAUUGUACGAAUUAUAAUAUUAAGGAGAUAUAUCAUGAAUUAGAAAUUAAAUACUGCAACGUUUCAGUUGUCGCCGAUUUCUUUUUUUAUAAAUGGUAUCUAUUACAAUUUGUUUUGAGAGAUAAAACUUACUUGCAAAUUUUUGGGCGUAAAUUCAAAAGUACAAUUUCAAUUCUAUAGUAUUCCAUAUAUUAUUUGAACAGAUAAAAGGUACAAAACCUUUUAUCUAUUCAGAUAAUAUAGUAGAUAAGUAGACUACCAAGUUUACUGUUUUAAUUAAAGUUGUUAUCGUUUUGUUGUUUGACGUAACAUUAUUUGAUUAAAAAAAAUACGCAGAAAAGGUUAGCAACCUUGUUAUUAUAGGUAAAAACUUAACAAACUGUCUG